AUGAUGAUGAGGAUUUUCUUUGCUUGCCUGUUUCUCGCUCUGUUCACUGCAGGCUCCUCGUUGAGCUGCAAAUGGAUGGAUCAUAAAUUCAGACAGCACAACGAAGAGACUCUGAAUCUACUUGAUACCAUGGCUAAUAACUCCACUAACACCACUGAAGUGGAGGUCACUGUGGUCUUCUCCAAUCACCUGUACCGCCAGGUGUCCAAAUCAUCAGCUGAGGAUAAACUGGCUUUCACAGUUCAGGUUCUGGAGGAGGUGGCUGCCCUGUUUGAGGAGGAUCACAGCUCUGCAUCAUGGGAGGACAGCACAGUGAGGAACUUUCUCAAUAUUGUCAACAAACAGGCCAAAGAGCUUCACAUCUGUGUAAGUUCACUUUCACUGUAUUUCAAGACAGAAAUGUAUUUCAAAAGACUUUCAGAUGGUGUCCUAAAGAAAAAGGGUCACAGUGCUGAAACCUGGGAGGUGGUCAGGAAGGAAACCAAAGCCCAUCUCAUGACAGCAGAACCGCUGGCUUCAUCUUUGUAUGCUCCAUCAGAACACCGAGAGACAUCCGAGUUUGCUUCAAACAAAGGAAGUUUAUACCUUUUAAAAAUGAUGAACAGGAUUCUCUUUGCUUGCCUGUUUCUCGCUCUGUCCACUGAAGGCUCCUCGCUAAGCUGCAGAUGGAUGGAUCAUAAAUUCAGACAGCACAACGAAGAAACUCUGAAUCUACUUGAUACCAUGGUUAAAAGCUCCACUAACACCACUGAAGUGGAGGUCACCGUGGCCUUCCCUAAUCACCUGUACCGCCAGGUGUCCAAAUCAUCAGCUGAGGAUAAACUGGCUUUCACAGUUCAGAUUCUGGAGGAGGUGGCUGCCCUGUUUGAGGAGGAUCACAGCUCUGCAUCAUGGGAGGACAGCACAGUGAGGAACUUUCUCAAUAUUGUCAACAAACAGGCUGAAGAGCUUCACUCCUGUAUUGGGAGCCACGGUCACAAGAAGAAAACCACAAAGCUGCACAUGUACUUUAAGAGACUCUCACAUCAUAUCCUAAAGGAAAUGGGUCACAGUGCUGAAGCCUGGGAGGUGAUCAGGCAAGAAACCAAAGCCCAUCUAAUGAGAGCAGAACAGCUUGCUUCAUCUUUGCACACUGCCCACUAA